AAUCUAGUAUUAAAACGAUAGCGAAAUUAAUUAAAUCUGGUAAAGCGAAAACAUUUUAUGGUGCCGUCGUUCCUGUUGUCGUAACGGGAUUUCGUGGUUACUGUGCCGUCGCUCUGGUGUCAUCAUUACCUGUGUCGCC